AUCGGGGGACAUGAAGCCGAUCCCCACUCUCGACCCUACAUGGCCUAUCUUCAGUACAAGAAUGAGGAUUCUCGGGAUACAAUAUGUGGUGGUUUCCUUAUACGAGAGGACUUUGUGCUGACUGCUGCUCACUGUUCAGGGAGCAAAAUAAAUGUCACAUUGGGGGCCCACAACAUCAAAGAACGGGAGAAGACGCAGCAAGUCAUCCCUGUGGUGAAAAUCAUUCCACACCCAGCGUAUAAUGCUAAGACAAUCUCCAAUGACAUCAUGCUAUUAAAGCUGAAGAGUAAGGCCAAGAGGACGAGCACUGUGAAGCCUCUCAAUCUGCCCAGAAGCAACUUCAAAGUGAAGCCAGGAGAUGUGUGCUAUGUGGCUGGUUGGGGAAAGCUGGGCCCAAUGGGCAAAUUCCCAGACACACUGCAAGAGGUUGAGCUAACAGUACAGGAGGAUCAGGAGUGUGAGACUUACUUAAAAAAUGCUUACGACAAAGCCAAUCAGAUAUGUGCGGGAGACCCAAAGAUCAAACGUGCUUCCUUUCAGGGGGCCUCUGGAGGGCCUCUUGUGUGUAAAAAAGUGGCCGCAGGCAUCGUCUCCUAUGGACGUAAAGAUGGUUCAACUCCACGGGCAUUCACCAAAGUCUCGACUUUCCUAUCCUGGAUAGAGGAAACUAUGAAAAAGAGCUAACUACAAGAUGCAAUGCGGAUCAUUUCCUGACUAACCACCUUCCCUAUAGCUGAGUCCAGGAUUGCUCUAGGAUAGAUGGCAGCAACUGAAUAAAGCACUUUUUUCUGACUGGAAAGACUGGUUUUAUGUCCAUUCACAGGGAUCAACCCUGUCCUUGGCAGAUGAAUGGAAUACUUCUUCCGCCACAAGGCUGUGACAACCCAGCUGACAUCUGGUAGUUCACCCUCUCUACAAGAGAAGAAGAAUGUUUGAUUGACCCAAACAUGUACUACUUCCCCUCAAAGACCUUAGAACGUUAUUUAAUGCAAGUCAUCA